UCACACCUGCAUGCCUCCCUUGACUUUUUAGAGCAGCAGCCAUCAUGGACACUCGAGUAAAAAGUCUCACCGCCAUCAUCAAAGUCAUCACUCAUCAUCGCCAAGCGCCCUUCACUGCAAACACACUCGGCGCCGAGAAGGCUUCAAGAUCCAGAAUUGCAAUGCGAGAAAGAGAAGCUUCGGAGUAGAGGGCGGGCUCGGUGGGUUCGAAGGCAGGAGAGAUGGGCGUGAUAACGGUCGGAGUCGCCGAGUUGAAGCCGAGCGUUUCGGGGAGGCGGUUGCUUCGGCCGAGUUCAAGCGUCCGACACACCGUCGAAUGGCCGAUAUCUGAUGUCUCCAGUGAUCUCACCAUCGAAGUAGGAGCGACAACCUUUGCAUUUCACAAGUUUCCUCUUGUUUCACGGAGUGGUCGGAUUCUGAAACUGUUGGUGGACACAAAAGAAUCGAAAGCCUCACGGAUCAGUCUCCGGGAUGUCCCUGGCGGUCCACAGGCAUUCGAGAUAGCUGCCAAGUUCUGUUAUGGCAUAAACAUCGACAUUUCGCUGUCCAAUGUGGCGACGCUUCGCUGCGUAGCUCAUUACCUGGAGAUGACAGAGGAAUUGGCUGAGAAAAACCUGGCAUACCGCACUGAAGCUUACAUCAAGGACAUGGUGCUACCGAACAUAUCUAGCUCAAUUACCGUGCUUCAACAAUGCCAAAAGCUGUUGCCCAUCUCCGAAGAGAUCAACCUGGUCACUAGGCUGAUCAAUGCCAUAGCAAACAACGCUUGCAAAGAGCAGCUCACGUCAGGCUUAUCCAAGCUUGACCGCAAUUUUUCAGCGAAGCCCAUCGAGGAAGUGGAACCGGAGACGCCGGUCGAUUGGUGGGGCAAAUUGCUUGCGGUGCUAAGUCUCGAUUUCUUCCAGCGAGUUCUAACGGCUGUCAAGUCGAAGGGGCUAAAGCAGGACAUGGUCAGCAAGAUUUUGGUGAACUAUGCCCAUAAUUCUCUUCAGGGCCUCAUCCUCAGAGAUCCGCAUUCUGCGAAAGCGAGUUAUUCGGACGUGGAAUCACAGAAGAGGCAAAGGGUGAUCGUGGAAACAAUAGUCAGCUUGCUCCCGACACAGUCGAGGAAGAGCCCCGUCCCGAUGGCAUUUCUGUCGAGCUUGCUGAAGAUCGCCAUCGGAGCAUCCACAUCCACUUCUUGCAGAUCUGAUCUGGAGAGGCGGAUCGGCUUGCAGUUGGACCAGGCCAUUCUCGAGGACAUGCUCAUUCCCGCGAAUUCACAGGGGAACGGGCAAAGCCUAAUUUACGACACGGACUCGAUCCUGAGGAUAUUCUCCACUUUCUUGAACCUGGAUGAGGACGACGACGACGAGGACAACCAGCUGAGGAAUGAGAACGAGAUGGUUUGCGACUUCGAGAGCCCCGGAUCCCCGAAGCACAGCUCGCUUCUCAAGGUCUCGAAGCUGUUAGACAACUAUCUUGCGGAGGUCGCCCUCGAUCCCAACUUGUUGCCGUCCAAGUUCAUAGCGCUCGCCGAACUUCUUCCUGACCAUGGCCGGGUAGAUAACGACGGACUCUACAGAGCUGUCGACAUCUUCCUCAAGGCUCAUCCGAACAUCAAGGACUCGGAGCGCUACCGGCUGUGCAAGACCGUCAACUGCCAGAAACUGUCGCAGGAAGCCUGCAGCCACGCGGCGCAGAACGAGAGGUUGCCCGUGCAGCUGGCGGUCCAGGUCCUGUACUACGAGCAGAUCAGGCUGAAGAGCGCGAUGAGCGGAGGCGGCGGGUCGCACCACGUCGGCAGCGCGCAGUUCUUCUUCGGGUCGGCCAGCAUUGGCGGCGGCGGCGGCGGUGGCAGCGGGGCCGGCCCGUUCCCGCACCGCUCGGGGAGCGGUGCCGGCGGGAGCGGGGCCAUAUCGCCGCGGGACAACUACGCGUCGGUGAGGCGGGAGAACCGGGAGCUGAAGCUGGAGGUGGCCAGGAUGAGGAUGCGGCUGACGGACCUGGAGAAGGACCACGUCUCGAUGAAGCAGGAGCUCGGGAGGCCGCACCCGGCGAGCCGGCUGCUGAGGUCGUUCACCAGGAAGCUGAGCAAGCUCAACGGCUUGUUCCGGAUGAGCUCCGCCGGGCUGCAGCCGCCGCACGGGAGCAAGGCGAACUCGGAGACCGGAUUCUUGUUCCAGAACCACAAGCGGAGGAACUACUCGUUUUCUUGAACCACAUACGUUCGACGGUUCGAGCAUGGCCUCGUCCCUUAUUUGGGUUCAGUUUACCUUCUUCGAGUGUAUAGCUUUUUACUGCAUGAUUUGUAUCUCGUCCUCGUCUUCUUCCGUGCUCAAUUGUUCAUAACUUUCGUCUGAAAUGCCGACCGAACUGUCGGAUGAAAUAUAAUAAUAUAAUUUUUGACGAGGCAUGUCAACA